AUGUCACUUUCGUUGUUCUCCACUCCUCAGCAACCGCAACCGCAGUCUCUUUUUCAACCACUGCAGCAACAGCAACAAUCGCCUUUUCAGCAGCAGACCAAUUUGUUCCAGCCACAGCAACAACAACAACAACAACAAUUUCAACAACAGCCACAUCAACAGCAAUUUCAACAACAGCAACAGCAACAACUGUUGUUUUUGUUCACUAACGAUAAAACUCCUGCCAGUUACACCACCAAUUGGCCCGAUCUACAUCCUGAUUCCCAGAAGUUUCUACUUCAGAUCGAGGAACGGGUAUUGGAGUAUAGAGAUGAAAGCCAGAGACUUGAUCAGUGUAAUCGUCUUUAUGAUUCUUCCGUUUCGAAUGAUGGGUUUGAGGUUGAUGCAAGCCAUAUUGUUCAGGAACUUGGUGGAAUCAGCACUGCUAUGGAACGGCAGAAAACUUUGCUACAUGAAUUGAUGUCAGUUGUUAAGGAUAUGUUACGUAAUACAGAGGUUGCUGUUCGAUCGUUUAUGAUCCUACGUCCAAGGUUCCAUCAUCCUAGUGGGGGAGCAUCAAGUGCCACUGCCCCAUCACAGACCCCGGGAGCAACAACACCUAGUUUGAACAGCCAACCAACAGCUACGUCUAUAGUGCCUGUUUUUGAUUUCUACAGUGGUCUUCCGAAGAAACCAUCACCCUUUUUACAGCAAACAAUUCUUCGAUUUGAGAAAUAUCUUGGUGAAUGUCAUCAGUGGAUUCAAGAGUUAGAGCAGCUGCUUCUCCUAGAAUCUGAAAAAAAUGCUUCUAAUAAUGGAUCCUCGUUAUUGCAGUCUCUUCCCAAAGUCAUGACAAAUGUGCAUGACUUUUUUGUUCACGUGGCCGCAAAGGUGGAGAGCAUUCAUCAGUACAUGGAAUCUAUGAAAUCAGCAUAUCUAGCUGAUCAGCGCCGCCGAGGGGAGGUGAAUGAUCCAUUUCUAGAGGCUGACCGACGAGAAACUGCAAGACAAGAAGCUGCAUCAAAAAGAGUUCAUCCGACAUUGCAUUUACCUGCAAAUUCACAACCCUCAACUCAAGUUGCUGGGUUGUUUUCCAGUUCAGGAACUCAAGGAGCAUUGACUGCCCAACAGACUGCUGCAACAACUUCAUCUUUGUCAACAGGAAGUGGUUUGUCUCUUUUUAGCACACCGACUUCUGCUCCAUCAUCGUCUAUGUCAUCUUUGUUUGCAACACCAACAACUCCGGCUCAAGGAACCUCAUGGUUUGGAUCAUCUAGUGCUACGCCUCAAACCUCACUUUUUGGUUCUGCCUCAUCAUCGCUACCUGGUGCGACAUCAACUCCCUCUCUGUUCGGUAAUAGUACUCCAUUGUUUAGUUCAACUCCGGCUGCAAGUUCGCUCUUUUCAACUCCGUUUGCUUCAGGUACUUUCUUGGUUCAUACUUUGUCUUAA